GUGUCAUGUAGCUUUCUCUCGUCUAUAUUUGCGCCAAGGGACAACUUUGGAGAGCUACAACAAGAGGUAAAUACAGAAGAGUCACUGAAAAGAGCUACAAGCUCUACACAGGUAAGAGCAGUCAGCAGAAACAUGCGGUCGAAGAGGAAGCCGGAACAAAGGAGGAGGUUUGAAGACCUAUCUGGAUCUGAAGAGGAUGGAGAAGACGAAACACCCGACGCUGUUUCUGAACCCUCCGCCAAGGCUAAUGUACAGAAACGUAAGGCAGGACCAGAGGCAGGGGAUGCCGAGAGCUCCCUAGGUUCUGUCGGUAAGGCCAAAAUGCCUAAGCACGACAUAGAUCUUGAACUAACGGUAGAGAACUGCGACUCGGACUCUGAGACCGCGUGUCCGCCUGUAGCCGCUAACGAAGAGGAAGGUGACACUAGUACCGCAGCGGAGGACACGACAGAACCUGCGGCAGGCUCCGAGGAACUGCCCGGGAGAACGUCUGGGGAAGAACCGGAGACGGACCUGGCGCAGACCAUCGAGGCGGCGGAGGCGUACCGCGCCGCUGUCCGGGCCGAGAUGUCCAGGACUCGGGCCGAGGGAAGACCGGAGGACGCCGACAAGCAAAUUGCCUUUCAGGCUGGCCACACCUGUGUGAAGUGCAUGAUGCUGUUCUCCUCAGAGAGCAGUCUGCGGGCGCACAAGGAGAUGUGCGGGGAGGUCCACUACCGCUGUAAGCUGUGCUGGGACGACACUGACGAACCCGACGAACACAUGGAGGAACACUGGCAGCGCGACCCUCCCCCGGAACUGCGCUACAACCCGUGUCUAACCGUGGAGAACGACAUGCCGCUCAUCAAGCAAAUGUACAUGUCCCCGGUGGGGCCGGACGAGGAAUGGCAGUGUACGCUCUGCGCCACCGCCACGGACGUCAGCAUCCGCCAGGACAACUGGCCCACGUUCAGCUUCAGUAACAGGACGCGGCUGUGGACGCACCAGGCCGUGAUCCACGGGAUCGUGUGGAAGAAGCUGCCGUGCCAGGCCUGCGGAGGCUUCCUGAAGUUCCACACCAGGUCGGACUACCUGCGCCACAUGUUCGCCAUGCACGUUCAGCUGAGGAAGGAGGAGAACGCGUUCUGCUGUCUGAUGUGUGGAGAACUGAACCAUGACAGGGCCUGGCUGGAGAUUCAUCUCUUCCACCAUGCAAAAAUGCCAGCAAAAUAGUUCAUUAUUUUCUUCUUAUUACUAUAUUAGUGUAAUUUACUAUUAUUCUACUAGUCUUUAGAUGUGGAUAUAGGAAUCCUGUUGAAUUAUGAGAAUCUGCAAAAUAGGAAGUACAUUGUCAUGUAUGAACUUGGUGACAACCAUUGAACUUUUACUAGUAAAUGAUGGUGAAAAAGAUUAUUUUACAUUUUGCAACUUCAACUUGAGUUCUUAAGCAAACUAUUCAUUAGUUCUGUCUUGAAAAGUUUGGGAAGAUUGAUUGGGAAGGUAGUUAAGAGAUAAUAACCUGCACUGUCAGGUGUAUAUGGUGUCCUGGUCAUUUCCUAUGACCACUCACUCCGCGAUUUAUGAGGUAGUCUUAUAGGACAUGGAGGAUUCAGAAAUAUAGCCAAUCCAUACUUAACAAUGUAGCAAACUUAGCGACUGUCCUCUACAGUGUAUUAUAAGGCCUGCGUUUACAAAAUGUAGACUUGGUACAAUGUAUUAACCAACUUGGUUGUGAGAUCAUAAUUAACUACUGGUGUGGUAAUGCUGUCAUAACCAAUGGGAAAUGGGGACUUCUGAUUGGUUGACAUCCUCUGGCUAUUAUAAGGCCACACCGACUUAAUUUUAUGGAUGACU